GAUGAGAAAGGUCGUGGUAAAGUGAAACGUCACAGCAGUGUGAGUGAGAUCGCAAAUCAAAACAAACCAUUUCAAAACAAAGUGAGUCGUAUCGAAGUGUGCAGCAGGAACAAUGGCUGAAACAGUAAUGGAAGUCGCAGCAACAGCCGCCCCGGCUGCCGUGGCCAAGUCUCCGAAAAAGGCCAAAGCUGCUGCCGGAACAAAAAAGCCGAAGAAGCCAGCGACGCACCCUCCGGUAAACACGAUGAUCGUGGCCGCCAUCAAGGCGCUGAAAGAGCGCAACGGUUCAUCGUUGCAGGCCAUCAAAAAAUACCUGUCGGCCAAUUACAAGGUUGACGUGGCCAAGCUGGGACCGUUCAUCAAGAAGGCAUUGAAGACCGGUGUGACCAGUGGCAAGCUGGUGCAGACGAAAGGUGUCGGAGCGUCGGGAUCGUUCAAGCUGUCGGCAGAGGCCAAGAAGCCCGUCGUGGAAAAGAAGAAGGCUGCAGUGCAGAAGAAGAAAUCGGCCUCAACAGCUGACAAGAAGAAGAAGGCAGUGACCAAGAAGGCCGCUGGCGAGAAGAAGAAGGUGGCAACGAAGAAGGCGGAAGGAGGUGCUACCAAGAAAGCUAAGGCCGUAACUGCUGCCAAGAAACCGAAAGCAGCUGCGACCAAGAAAUCUGGCGCGGCGAAGAAGGCUGUAAAGAAAGUAGUGAAAGCCCCAAAGCAGAAGGCGACCAAGCCCUCGAAGACGACAGGAGCACCAAAGCCAAAGACGCCCAAACCGAAGAAGGCUGCUACACCCGUCAAGAAGAAGCCCGCGGCAGCGAAGAAGCCAACUGCAACCAAGAAGUAAAAUCUGCGACUAGCAAUGGCGGAAAACGAUUACUAGUGGUGCCAUCGGCUUUAUUUCUCACAACAGUCCUUUUUAGGACUACAGCAUGAUUUACUUAAAAGUUAAUUUUCUCUUUAUUGUUCGGUUGACUAACAUUGCAGUUGGUCUAAAGCGGACGAAUGUGUAAAGAUUUCUUGAUCUCGACUCCAAUGAAGUUACAAAGCUUAGUUUUUCAGCAUUGACGUUAAAAUGUACAUAAAUAUUAAUUUUAAGUGUGAUAGUAGUUACAAACAAUGUGUGUAUGUAUGUUAUAAAAAUAAACUUAUCAAUAUGUACAAAAUCA